AUGCAAUCUGCAAACCUUGGUAUCAACAACCCGAGAAUUCUCAGAAGAACCAUAACUUCAGCUCAAGUUGUGAAAGAUGUAGCAGAUGAAUGGAGUUUUAUCUUGCUGGGUAAACUCAUCUGUAAAGACCCACUAAACCAUGAGAAAGUUAAGGAUGAGGAGUAUAAAUUUGACAUUCCUCUUGCAGAUUAUAAAUUCUUAAGCCAAGUCUGGUGUGUGCAACUUCGAAAUCUAAAACAAGUUAUUUUGAAUGAAAAACUGGUAAAUGAUAUUUGUUUGGAUAUUGGGAAGAAAGUCUCCCCAAUCGGAAGGAAGAGGAUUCCUAGAGGACAUGUCUCUAAUAUUGUGUUUAUUGAAGUUAACUUGAGGGAACCAUUAAGGAGAGGUGGAUGGUCUUAUACACCAAAUGGUGACAAAGUUUGGGUGAUAUACCAUUUUGAAAGGCAGCCAUACAAAUUAUGCAAAAAGUGCUGGGUGGUGGAACACGUUGAAGAGAAUUGUGAAUGGUUGUCUCAAGAACAUAAGGUGAAAGCUAUGCUUGAAUCUGAGUUUGCUGAAUACAGUCUGACUGAGGAAGGCAAGAAAUUUUUGGCAGCCUAUAUCCUUGCAUCGGAUGUGAAUAGUAAUAUGGAUACUAUGGAAGGCGCUUCAUCAUCUAUGACCAACUCAGAAACUGAAACUAUCGAUGAAGGAGAAGCAAGGAAAAGAAAAAGAACCAGAGAAGAUGUUAGUUCUUUGAAGGAUGCAAAUCCCAACCCAAAUCACCUCACUCAUAACAACCCAAUUCUUCAGAGUGAUGACUUGAUGAUGGAAGGAACCGGAGCUGAUGAUAUCAAAUCUGCCAUAGAUCUUCAUAUGAAUUAUCAACACAUCGAUGGGGCUAUGAAAGCAAUUGAGAAUUCGACUACUCAAAUUGGAGGUUUCGUUGCACAGAAUCAACAAGGAUGUCCAACCAAUUACCAGUUUGAUGGCAGGUCUAAGGUUGCCUUCUCUUGUAUGUAUGGUGCUCUUUGCAAUGGUAACAGGGAUGCCCAAUGGGAUUUUAUUAGACAGUUUAGACACUCUACAUCCUACCCUUGGAUUCUACUAGGAGAUAUGAACUUCAUAUUAAGUAAUGAAGAAAAAUCUGGAGGUCACCCCCAUUCUCAAAGUGUCCUGGAUACUGCUAGAGACUUUGUUAACAGUCUAGGACUUCAAGACUUUAGCUACUCUGGUAACAUGUUUACUUUGACAAAUAGAAUACAUGGUGCUGAACAUAUUCAAGAAAGGCUUGAUAGAUUUCUAGGAGAUGAUUAUUGGUUUAGAUUAUUUCUUGAUUCUCAUGUCUACCAUCUAGCCCCUAUUGCCAGAAAUCAUAGCCCCAUUAUUCUUGCUAGUUCUAGAAGUUCUAAUGCUAUUAAGAGACCUAAUAAAUUUAAUAAAUGCUGGCUUAGAGAUCACUCCUGCAAAGAUGUUGUUUCUAAUAAUUGGAAAUCCCAAAGUAAUGGCUCUGAUGCUUUUAAGCAUAAGAUAUCUCUUAAGCAAGUCAGGUAUGCUUUAAGAGACUGGAACUAUAAUAUUUUUGGAAAUGUUCAAUCUAAUCUUAAUGACAUUAGAGGGCAAAUUGAAUCCCUGCAUUCUCAGGGUAUUGUUGAUACUAGUAAUAAUUUGUUGUCUGACUUGCUGAAACAACUUAAUUAUUGGCAAAACAUUGAGGAAGAUUUUUGGAAACAAAGGGCUAAAGAUGACCUGAUCAAAUUUGAUGAUAGAAACACUAGGUACUUUCAUACUAAAGCCAAUUUUAGGAGAAAGAAGACUCAUAUAGAAUCCCUUCAGGAUUCUACUGGGAUUUGGUUAACGGAUAGAUAUGAGAUUGCUAUUAACCUUAGAAAUCACUUCUCUUCCAUCGGUAAAACUAGUAAUCCUAGUACUGACCCAAAUCUUUUUGAUUGUGUUGAUACUUGUGUUACUAAUGCUGAUAAUAUUUGGCUUAUGAGUUUACCUUCUAGUGAAGAAAUCAAGCAGGUUGUCUUUAGCAUGAAACCUUGGACUUCUCCAGGGCCUGAUGGGUUUCCCCCAGGGUUCUAUCAAAGUAUGUGGGAUAUUGUAGGUGAAGACACAGUUAAGAUGGUUCACUUGUUUUUUCAAGGUAAGUAUAUCUUAAAAGAAAACAAUCAUAACUUUAUUUCACUUAUUCCAAAAGUGGACUGUCCUAAAAUUGCUAGUGAUUUUAGACCUAUUAGUCUUUGUAACACUUCAUAUAAGAUUAUAUAUAAAAUCCUUAGUAAUAGGCUAAAACCUCUUAUAGGCAAGAUCAUUUCCCUAUAUCAGGCUGCCUUUGUGCAAGGCAGACUCAUGACUGAUAACAUAGUUAUAGCUCAUGAGCUUAUAAACACCAUGAAAAAACAUAAAUAUAAGAAUGGGCUCAUGGCUCUAAAACUAGAUAUGUCCAAAGCUUUUGAUAGGAUUGAAUGGCCUUUCUUACAUGAUUGUUUAAAAGCUCUAGGGUUUUGUGAAGAUUGGUGUCACUUAAUAAACCAAUGUGUCUCAACAGUGUCCUUCUCUGUGAUGCUAAAUGGUGUUCCUGGUGAUCAAUUCUGGCCUACUAGAGGCCUGAUACAGGGAGAUCCCCUGUAUCCUUAUCUCUUCAUUUUUUGUAUGGAUGUUUUGUCCAAAAAUUUGAUGUAUGCUGAAGCUAAGAACCUUAUAAAAGGUAUUAAAGUUACUCAAAAUGCUCCUACUGUCUCACAUCUCUUUUUCGCAGAUGACUGCUUAAUCUUUACUAAAGCAAAUCCUAAGGAGGUAAGAGUCUUGAACUCUAUUUUAGAAAAAUUUAGUAAGGCCUCUGGCCAAGCUAUAAACUUUGAUAAAUCUGCCAUGGCUUUUAGUAAGAAAACUGAGAAUCAAACUAAGCAUGCUAUUACUCAAAUUCUGAACAUUAAGAACAUGGCCUUACAAGACAAGUACUUAGGAGUUCCUCUCUUGCUCCAGCAUAAAAAAAGUGAAUCCUUUUCUGGCAUGAUGUCUAAGUUUGGAGGUAGACUUUCUUUAUGGAAAUCUAGUCAUUUUAAUCAACCAGGUAGAACUAUUCUUUCUCAAACUGUCCUAGGAUCUUUAGCUACUCAUCAGAUGGCAGUUUUUCCCAUGCCUAAGAAGAUAACAGACAAAAUUGAUAGUAUUCAAAAAAACUUUUUUUGGCAUAAGGAUAACAAUGGUAGGAAAUGGUAUCCUAAAUCUUGGAGCAUAGUUACUAGUCCCAAAGAUAAAGGUGGUCUUAACAUUAGGAGAUCUGCUGAAUUUAAUAUGGCUUUGUUAGGUAAAUUAGCUUGGAGCCAGGGUUCUUGGAUAUGGAGGGGUAUCUGUCAAGGUUUAGAGUUUGUUAAACAGAAUUAUUGUUGGGAAAUAGCGGAUGGUAAAAAUAUUAAUGUGUGGAAAGAUGUCUGGAUUCCCUCUUUAGGUAAAAAAGUUCCAUCAACUAUGUAUUCGAGUAAUAUUUCUAGAGUCUCUCAACUUAUUGAUGAUAACACUAGAAACUGGAAUCACAAUAUGCUUAAAGCCCUUUUCCCCAUUGAUAUUGUUGAUCAGAUUCUUCAGAUAAGAAUCCCCUUGAUUGGUAAAGAUCAAGUUAGAUGGCUAGGAACUAGAACUGGUUGUUACACUGUGAAGUCUGCCUAUCAUAUUCUCUUGCAGGACUCCUUAAACCAACAGAAUCUUAAUAUUCCAAACUUCCCCUGGAGCAAGUUAUGGAAGGUUCAACUUCCUCCUAAAAUUCUUCAUCUUAUAUGGAGAAUUCUUCACAAUUGUGUUGCCACCAGAGAUAAACUUCACAAGGUUGUAAGUAACAUUGCCUCUACUUGCCCUUUAUGUAAACAGUAUGAUGAAUCUUGUCAACAUAUGUUUAUUGAUUGUCCUGUCACUAACAGAUUGUGGUUUGCUCUUGAUCAUACCUUAAUAGGUAACAAUUCUAAUCAUAAUCUUUAUGACUGGUUUUCUUCAUUGUUCAAUGCCAAUAAUUUUUGGACUCAAGCUAUGCAGGUUAAAAUUAGAUACAUCGGUUGUGUUCUUUGGUGGAUAUGGAAGUAUAGAUGUGUUGCUGCCUUUGACAACAAACAGCUCAACCCUUCUGAAUUCAUAGCCACGGUUAAGGAAUACAUUAAUGAUUGUGAAGCUGCUAUUAGAUCUAUACCUGUGAAUAGUUCUGUUUCCAGAAAUAUUUACUGGAAAUUCCCUGCUAAAGAUUAUUUGAAACUAAACUUUGAUGCUUCAUUUAUCACAGAUAAACAACCUAUGGGAUAUGGACUUAUAUUGCGUUCUGAUACAUGUUCAUUCAAUGGAGCAAAAGGCGGGAAAACAUUUGCAGUAGAUGAGGAGCAAGCGGAAGUUGUAACUUCUCUUGAGGCACUGAAGUGGGCAAAAGCAAAAAACAUCCAGUUUUUGGAAAUUGAAGGCGACUGCAGCAAUGUAGUGAAUGCCAUUAAUGGUGAUUUAGGUUCAAUAAAAUGGACAACAAAUAGUGUUGUUCAUGAAUGCAUUUCUAUUAUGAAAAACUUUGAAUUUUGGUUUUGUCAACAUGCCAAGAGAGAAGCUAAUGAAGUAUCAGAUACCCUAGCAAAAAAAUCUAGGUCUCUAGGUGACGGUAGCUGUUAUGAAAACCCUCCAAUUUUUCUGCUUGGGAAGCUGGAAAAGGAUAACUUGAAUGUAACAGUUUAA